AGAGGAGGUGCUGAUUGAGAAGUAUGCUGCUAUUUUUGUAGAGGAAAAGCGGGUGCAUUUUAUCUAUCAGUCAUCAAAGAAUGCUGAAAUGAUAACAGCAUUGUUUGGAAAGUAUAUUUAAGUUCGACCCACAGGUUAUGCGGUAACCAAAGGCUUCGAAGCAGCUCACAGGUACGGCUGUGAUCUUUUACAAUUUGUAGUUGCAUACUUUAUUUGCCCUGACGUUGAUACUAAUGAGAAGGUUUUAGUUUAACAGCUCACUGUUCUUUAAUCUAGGAUGCUCUCUGUCCUGUUGUUUGCGGCGGCUUGGGUUGCCUGCCUGGCAAAACCCAAUGAGUACUACUCAUACUCUCCAGCCAUUGGAUCCGGUCGUGGAACUCCCUACGUGACCUCAGGAGAAGGAAGCAUCACAGGCGUGAAAGUCUGGGAGCACCCUGGACAUUACAUUGCUGGUUUCCAGUUGCGUUACGGCACCAGGUGGGACCGUCUAAUUGGUCGCGCUGUCCACGCCCCACUGAGAUUGGACCUAUUUGAAGGAGAGACAAUUACUCAGGUGUCUGGAAAAUACCACACAUCCCACUACAUCUAUCAGUUGAUUUUUGGGACAAGCAGAGGACGUUCUCUCAUCGUAGGCCAGCCAGUUCUGAAGUCCUUCAAUUUGUACCCCGAGCAUGAAGAGGCGGAGCUUCGGAUUUUGAGUGGGCGGUUCGAUGGCAGUGGGAUAACAUCACUGGGAGCCCAUUGGGGGUUAGCCCCCGAGGGUUAUGGAAAUAAUACUUCCUAACCAAAUGCUUAAAAGUACAUCUGACUUUUGAGUUCUGAAGAUUUCCUAUUAAGCAAUAGAACACAAUAAGCAUAAUCAGAUCUUUGUUUCUGUGGUGUGAUUGGAAUCAAAACCGGGAUGAGUUAUUUGGUGGGUGUGGUUAGACCACUUCACUUAUGUGUGUAGUAAUGGUUGAGGCUUCAUUCCUAUGUUGCAAACUAAAUCCUAACUACUAGUAAUUGUAUCUACACACUAGUCUCUAAAUUGAACUCAAGGCUUAUUAAAGUUACCAAAAGUUUGAUCAAAUAUUUUGUUGUCUUGGCCAAACGGGAACCUUUGCCUUCAGGGGUCAAUCCUUGAUACAUGGGAGAUCUGCCUCAACACUUUAUUCUUUUAAAUCAUGGCUAAAUUAAAUAUCCAAAGAAGCUUGAGAUGUUAAAACUACUCA